AUGACAAUGGACUUUUCAUUUUCGAGCCAUACUCCAAUAGACGGCAUUUUUGGCGAAACUAGGAUUUCAGCUAUUAUUUAUUCCUUUGUCAUUGUACUGGCGAUUGUUCCGGUGUGCAUUUGGUACACAAUCGCAGAGGGAACCGCGGGAAAUCGUGCAAUUUCGUAUCUAAUCAGCCUUUAUCUUUGUUGGCGGUAUCCGAUCAAAUCAACUGAUGGAAAGACUCCUCUCCCGACAGCCUCGUACACGUUCCCCAACGGACAAGGCAACGUCGCCAAGUUUUUGGAAGGUGAAGAAGGGUCGCGUAAAUGGCAACAGGAAUUAGGGUCAAUGUAUCGAAUUUGGACGGGGUUCGACUCAGAAGUUGUCUUGAUGCGGCCAGAACAAGUGCAAACUGUCUUUAAAGACUCUCAUUUGCACGUCAAAGGUGAAUCUAUGGAUUCUGGCUGGCUCUGUGGGCAGGUUCUCGGAAAUUGUCUAGGUCUGUUGAAUCAGGGAGAGUGGGAUACAGUUCGUGCACCUUUCGUCAACACUUUUCAUCGCAAUCAGUCGUCAUCCUACAUUCCACUGAUUCAGCGGAGAGUGGAGAGACACUUUAACAAAUUGGAGGAAGCGAAAGAACAGAGCGACAAGGUCUUGCUAGUCAAGCCUUCUAAACAUCUCAAGUUGCUGCCUCUUUGGAUACUAUGUGAUAUCAUCUAUGGUGAUCUCACGGCAGCGAUGGAGCUCCAGUUUGAGGAGAUUAUUCCCCUUCGAGAGACACUCUGGUGCCAGAUCAUGAACGGUGGUGUUUCUCGAUUCUCUCUCAGUCGAUUCCUGCCAAUUUCGACCAACGAAAAACUGAAGAUGUUUAAGGAGAAGUGGACUCGCUUCAACGAUCAAGCUUACGACAGGGCUAAGCAAGCUUAUCCCAGCCAUCCGAUUGUCGGGUUGUACGAUGCUGUUGAGCAGGGGGUCAUGUCCAAAACCCAGCUACUUCACACUCUUGACGAGGCACUAUUCGCCAAUCUAGACGUCACAAUUGGGAAUUUCUCCUGGAUCCCACUUUUCCUCGCUGCACAUCCGGAUGUUCAAGACGAUCUGCGGCUGGAGAUAACUGCAGCAAGAAAGGAAGACACAGAGGACUUGUGGUCUCAGUAUAUUACGGGAAGCUCGACGUUGCUGAUGGCUUGCGUGCUUGAAUCCGCACGUCUCAAACCCAUGGCACCCUUUUCCAUCCCACAGGCUGCGCCAACUGACCGUGUCGUGGAUAAUUUUGUCAUACCCGCCGGCACAAACUUCAUUGUGGACACGUAUGCCCUCAACGUUCUCGAUCCAUACUGGGGUAAAGACAAUACCCAAUACCGACCGAGGCGGUUUUUAGAAACCAAAAGCGCCGGCGAGAUGCGCUACAGGUUCUGGCGCUACGGCUUUGGACCAAGACAAUGUCUCGGCAAAAAUGUUGCAGACGUGGUGCUUAAAGUGCUGCUUACGCACAUGGUGGAGAAUUAUCGCCUCAGGCUUUCGGCUGGAGAUGGUACGAAUAUUGGGGAUUGGGAACGUGUGGUUGGCUCAUGGAUAAGCUCAAGCAACUCCACCAUUAUUUGCGAAAGAGUAAAUUGA